GCAGACUGAGGUCAGACAACACUCAACUGAACCUGAAUCUCUACAACCAUGAACACCAAGGUCCUCAUCCUCCUCGGUCUGGCAGCCAUCGUCGCUGCAGACAGCCGUGAAACUUAUGCCUACCGCGCUCCCAGGGCAUCUUCUGAGGAAUCCUUCGAGUCCACCGAAGCCAAGUACAACUUCAACUGGGCCGUCAGCGAUGACUCCUCAAGCAACGAGUUCGGACACCAGGAGGCUCGUGACGGCGACGACACUCAGGGAUCCUACUACGUGCAGCUCCCCGACGGCCGCCUGCAGAAGGUCUCCUACUACGUCGAUGGCGAUGACGGCUACGUCGCUGACGUCACCUACGAGGGCGAGGCUCGCUUUGACUCCGUCGAGUCCGCUGAAUCCCGGGAAUACAGGCCACGAUAUUCCUACGACUCCAACGAGUCCAAGUAAAACCUUUAUAACACCAUUUACGGUAGAAAAUGUUUACUUGGUACAUCUCUUCAAAUUAUUUAUCAACGAAUGCCCUAAGCUUAUUUAUUUGUGUAUUUAAACCAUGAAUAAAAAUAAAUA